UAUACACUGCUCCACUUCCACCUCCCUCCUCUCCUGCAACCUUCUCUCUCUUGUUUAUCUCAAGAUGGCAACCGAGGGACUGCAAGAGAACGAGACCCUGGCCUCCCUGAAGAACGAGGCAGAGAGCCUGAAAGGGAAGCUGGAGGAAGAGAGAGCCAAGCUGCAUGAUGUAGAGCUACAUCAAGUGGCUGAACGUGUAGACUCUCUGGGCCAGUUUGUCAUGAAAACGAGGAGAACACUAAAAGGCCAUGGUAACAAAGUACUCUGCAUGGACUGGUGUAAAGACAAAAGGAGGAUUGUCAGCUCAUCUCAGGAUGGAAAAGUGAUUGUGUGGGACGCUUUUACUACAAACAAGGAGCACGCAGUCACUAUGCCGUGCACCUGGGUGAUGGCCUGUGCGUACGCUCCUUCUGGUUGCGCCAUUGCUUGUGGGGGAUUGGACAAUAAAUGCUCUGUGUACCCCCUGACAUUUGAUAAGAAUGAAAACAUGGCUGCUAAGAAGAAGUCAGUGGCAAUGCACACCAACUACUUGUCCGCCUGUAGCUUCACUAACUCAGACAUGCAGAUUCUGACAGCCAGCGGAGAUGGGACAUGUGCCCUCUGGGACGUGGAGAGUGGUCAGCUGCUUCAGAGUUUUCAUGGACAUGGUGCUGAUGUUUUGUGUCUGGAUCUGGCACCAUCUGAGACAGGAAAUACUUUUGUGUCUGGAGGCUGUGACAAGAAAGCAAUGGUAUGGGACAUGAGAACUGGCCAGUGUAUUCAGUCAUUUGAAACUCAUGAAUCUGAUAUCAACAGUGUCCGGUAUUAUCCCAGCGGAGAUGCGUUUGCCUCUGGCUCAGAUGAUGCUACGUGUCGUAUGUUUGAUCUCCGAGCGGAUAGAGAAGUCGCCAUCUAUUCCAAAGAGAGCAUCAUUUUUGGAGCAUCAAGUGUUGACUUCUCCCUUAGUGGUCGGCUGCUAUUUGCUGGAUAUAACGACUACACAAUCAAUGUUUGGGAUGUCCUAAAAGGAAGCAGAGUCUCCAUCUUAUUUGGUCAUGAGAACAGAGUGAGCACGUUGCGUGUGUCUCCAGAUGGAACAGCAUUUAGCUCAGGAUCAUGGGAUCACACUUUAAGAAUCUGGGCUUAAUCCAAUCUAUGAAAAGGUCGAAUCUUGAAAGACUCUUCAGUCUCACUAUACUGGAACAGAUAAUGCAGGUCACUGCUAUGGGUACACAUUGUUUUGUAGCAUAUUACUGUCCUCAAAGUUUACAGGUACUACCGAAAAUGGCCAGUUUCAGCCGCUUGUGCAGUAAGUGAAGGUAUCCGAUGUACGUAUUUAAAGGUCAGACCUUUCUCAGUGAUUUCUCUUGGCUUGUCUGGAUUAGUUGAUUUAGGUAAUGACACUGUAUAAAGCCAGAUUUACACUUGAAGACAUUUACAGACACCAGUUUGUGAGAACUCUUCCCAUCCUUAGACCACAAAGAGAUGCUGUUGAUGGAGGGCUCCUAUCCUCCACUUGAUACCCUAUUCCAUUACUUUCUCAGAUGGUUGCAUUGUGUCAGUACUGGGCUAUGUUAGAUCAGUUUUCCUAUAUGAAAUGGUUUGUGUUUGUUACCUUAAAGGGGUUGUGCAGAAUUCCCUUACAUUUUAAAUUCCCCUCUCUCUCUGCUGGACCUGUGAAGGGAAGCAUACAUACCUGCUCCCUGCUACUUGGUUCCAGUUCCCUGGGUCCAAGUUGUCUUCACUGUACUUUAUCCUAAAUGGAUGGGGUCAUGUGCGCCUCUACAACCAAUGACUGCCGCUUGGGAAACUGUUUACACACGGGUGCAGCGAUGACAUCAUUGAUCCAGGGAGCUGGAACCGAGCAGCAGGGAGCAGGUAAGCAUGCUUCCUUUCACAGGUAUGGCAGGGAGAGGAGGGGAAUUUAGAAUUGCAGGGAAUGCUGGACAACCCCUUUAAGGGGUGUUGCUUUUUUUGCAGUGAAUAAACUAUUAUAUCAUUGUAUCUAGUUAGUUGCCUUGACAGUCACUCAAUAGACUGUGGGUACUCUAAUUAGAAGGGAGUUGGUUCUCUUUUCAGUUACUGGCAGAAAUGACUAAUUCCUGAACCACUAUGGUCCAAAUAUAGAUUUUCUGUCCCUUUUUAUUUUAUAUAAAGAAACUAAAAUAGAUCACCAAUUACAUAAUGUGUGUGGGAAACGAAAGACAAAGCCCUUAAUUUUUGCUGAUACGUUGGAAAAUUCACUUCUCUGCUUCUUCACACAGUUCCAGUCAAUAUAACGGAGUGACAAUAAUUAUCCUAGAAAGCAUGUAGCAUUAUGUAGCAUAUUCUUUUCUAUUACAUGAACAUGAUA